AUGGCCUCGCUACCGCGGCCUGCUGUCAGCGGCGAGAAGAGCAUGACAGACGUCUGGCAGCAUACCAAGGCCCUGCUUCUCUCGGUUUGGGCCUUGACGAGCCGCCGCAUGAGAGUCUUUGGCGCUUUCGUCCUCUUCCUUGGUUUCUCAAUAUGGCUAUCGCUGCCCACCCUCAAGACGAUGACCGUACCGCAAAUCUCCCUUGAAUACGCACAUUCACCCUAUAACCAUUCCAAAGUCGCUCUUCUCGUCGAGAACCGCGCCAACCCGAUUCUUGCGCCAUUGAUGCUGCACUUCAUUUCCGUAGUGCCUCCCGACUGGCGCUUUCGCUUCAUGGGCUCUGUUGAGUCCGUCAAGUCUAUCAACUCGUCCGUUGCGAUUCGUGAACAAGUCGCCGCCGGCAAGCUCGACCUGACGUACAUUCCCUCCAACAUGAGCACGGCUGGUCAGGAGAUGAUUAGUCGGUUCUUGACCAACCUGUGGCUGUACGAGACCGUCCUGCAGCCUGCCGAGUGGCUCCUCGUAUUCCAGACCGACAGCAUUCUCUGCGCCAACAGUAAGCAGAACAUCAACGACUACCUCGAGUAUGAUUGGAUUGGAGCCCCUUGGAACCCUGGCGGCAGGUGGGGUGGCAACGGUGGCCUCUCCAUCCGUCGUGUCAGCGCCAUGAUUGAUAUCCUCCGAAACCAGAAGCGUGUUGACGGAUCUGAACCUGAGGACGUCUGGCUCGCUGAGCGCCUUGCUCACCGACCUGGAAGCAAGGUCGCUAACGGAACUGUAUCAUUGACGUUCAGCGGUGAGAUGCACUCGGGCGAAGGCACAAAGAUCAACAAAGGAGGAGCGAACGCGACACUCGAGGCUGCGGCAGAGGGUGAACUUGUCUCAGGCAUUGACGAUUACCGCGAGGGCUUUUACGAGCCCAUGGGCUAUCACACCGGUGGUAGUGGUAUCUGGCUGCACAGCGCCAUCUGGGGUACUCCAGCUCUACGAAAACACAUUUGGGAUUACUGUCCCGAGGUCAAGCUUACGCUGGCUAUGGACGCAGCCAAAUACGUUCCCGGUAAUUGUAAGGCCAAGUGGAAGAGAGGUCUUGAUGGUGUUGAGGAGCUUGAGACAGAAAGCGAUGGCGGAGAGAAUGAAGAAGGCGCGACGGAUCCGCAAUACCCAUUUGGCUCAGAGACCAUUGAUGGAAAGGAGUACCCGAACUUGCCGCCUAGCCUGAUGGCAUGGUGA